AUGGGUACACUUCGAGACUUGCAGUUUGCCCUGCAACUGAAGAUUGAGGAGCUUCGCCAGAGGGAUACACUCAUUGAUGAGCUGGAGCUGGAGUUGGAUGCCAAGGACGACUUGAUUCGGAGGCUGCAGGGUGAACUGGACCGCUACAGGGCAACCAUCACUCCCCCAGAGUCUUCUGGAGCUAUUGAAGGGCAUUCUGCACAGUGUGAAGAGAUCCAGAGAACCAGAAGAAAGACCAUAUUGUCAAAGCCCCUCACUCAGGAUCCAAGGCAACGUGCUUUGGCCACCCUGAAAAGCUACAACAAAAGCCAACAGUCACAGGAGCUGAUUCAAACCUCCUUUUUAGAGAAUGACUUUCUAAAGAACCUGGAAAGUGGGCAAAUCCUGGCUAUAAUGGACUGUAUGUACCCCACCACGGUCAACCAAGGCUGCUGCGUCAUUCAAGAGGGAGACAGUGGAACUCUUGCCUAUGUUCUAGAAGAGGGGAAGAUGGAGAUGACCAAGGAUGCCAAGAAGCUUCUCACAAUUGAACCAGGAAAAGUGUUUGGAGAAUUGGCACUCCUGUACAGCUGCACCUACACCUACACUAUAUCAGCCCUAAAAAACAGCAUGUUGUGGGUUAUUGACCGGCAGAGCUUUCAGACCAUCAUGGUGCAGAGUGGCCUCAGCAGACUGGCCCAGUUCAGAGAGCUCCUCUGCAGAGUACCCUUCCUGCGCUCGCUGCCAGAGGAUGUGCUCAUGAAAGUGUCUGAUAUUCUGGAAGAGAGUCGCUACAGUGAAGGUGAUUAUAUUAUUCGCCAGGGUGCAACAGGGGACACGUUCUAUAUCAUCAGUAGUGGCCAGGUGAAGGUGACAGAGAACAAGUCAGCCAAUGAAGAGGCAGUACUCCUGUCAACUCUCUCUGAGGGCCAUUGGUUUGGAGAGAAAGCACUGAGGGGAGAAGAUGUGCGGACAGUGAAUGUAAUUGCUGCUGGUGAUGUCACAUGCCUGGUUGUGGAUAGAGAGUCUUUCAAAAAGAUCAUAGGUUUGGUAGAGGACAGUCAUAAUGUGCACAAGAGCAGCGAACUCAAAGCCCAGUCAGAGGAAGAUGCAGUUCUCCUAUCCAACGCGUCUCUCAGAGAUUUCCAGGUCAUCUGUAACCUAGGAGAGGGAGAAACCGGUCAUUCAGAGCUGGUACAGCUUAAGACCAACAUCAACUGCCCGUUCACCAUGAGGGUGUUGAGGAAGCAUCAGAUCCUAAGCACUGCUCAACAGGAGUGCAUCCUGAGGGAAAGACACAUCCUCAUGGCAGCUCAUAGUCCAUUCAUCGUCAGGUUACACCGUACCUUCCGAGAUGCAAAGUGCCUGUACAUGCUGACAGAAGCUUGUUUAGGUGGUGAGCUCUGGAAUCUACUGAAAGACAGAGGCUCGUUUGAUGACAGUAGCACACGUUUUUACACUGCCUGUGUUGUUGAGGCCCUUAUCUUCCUGCACCAAAACAGUAUCACAUACAGGGAUCUGAAGCCUGAGAAUGUAGUUCUGGACCAGCGUGGAUAUGCCAAAGUGGUGGGGUUUGGUUGUGCUAAGAAUGUGGGCUUGGGUAAGAAAACGUGGACGUUCUGUGGCACACCUGACUAUGUGGCCCCUGAGAUAAUCCUGAACAAGGGGCACAGUGUGUCUGCAGAUCUCUGGUCUCUAGGCGUCUUCGUGUUUGAACUGCUGAGUGGAAGUCUCCCAUUCUGUGGCCCUGAUCCUAUGAAGACUUUCACAGCCACCAUCCGUGGGAUUGACCUGGUUGAAUUCCCAAAAACCAUCAGUAAGAGUGCCUCAAGCCUGAUCAAGAAGCUCUGCAGGAACAACCCUGCAGAGAGACUGGGGAACCAGAGAAACGGGGCCAAGGACAUCCAGAAGCACAAGUGGUUUGAAGGUUUCAACUGGGAAGGACUUCGCAAAGGCACUUUGUCUCCCCCAAUCAUACCGAAAUUCAUCAGUCACUUGGAGGACAGCAAAUUGGACCCCUUCACUGACAUCCUUGAGGACUCACCAGCUGUUGAGGACUCAGACUGGGACAUAGAUUUCUGA